AUGCCUGUAAGAGGCAUAAUAUGUUUAAAAUUUGUUGUUUUUUUUUUUUGCAUUUCAGAAUUAAUUUAUGUUGUAGUUCAAUCAAUAGAUAUAUCGCGAAAAAGAAAGAAUAUGUCUUCUUCUGGCACAAAGGACAUUGUUUCGUCUUCAGGAGAUAUAGAUCAGACAUUAGAGGAUCUUUGUUGUGUUUUUUUGGCUAUACCAGGAGGAUCAUUUGUUUUGAAUCAGUCUUUGAGUGAAGGAAAAAAGAAUUCUAAGCAAGCUUCUACUAUUUUAUUAAAGCUUCAGCAAAAAGCCUACAACUCAUUAUCUAAAAUCGAAAGUGAUCUUACUGUAGCUGCAACCUUAUUGCUCAACAGUAUUAGUCCUAUAGAUCCAAAAUAUUCAUUAAUAUCGUCUUUUUAUACAUUUUCUCGAAAACUCUUAAUACGUGAACAAAGAAAUAAUAAUACUCAUAUACCUAUCAAUGAUCCUAAAAAAUAUACACAAGAUACAUUUCCAUUAAGACCUCCUGGAAAUGAAUGUCUUUUUGUAAUAGGUCCGAAUGGCCCGUUGUUUUCAUCUUUUGCUGCAAAAUCGAUUCUUGAUACUAGACCUAUUGAUACAGAAAAUCGGGCGUAUGUUACGCAAAUUAUUCCAAAUCAUUCGACUCCAGUUAAAUCUAUUCGUACAUUUGCCAAUAUAUCUCCUCCCUCAGGUCAAUCUAGUAUAUCUACAUUAAAAAAACGUAAACUUAAGAAUCCUACUACAAGGCGUAUACCAUCUAUAAAAUGGUUAUAUUAUGAUAAUUAUAGCUCAUAUGCACCAAUAAAAGAUAUGGAAACAGCUAUUUUUUCAGAAAGCCAUUUUAAUGCUGUGUGGUGGAGACGUGAAAAGGAAAAAUUCUAUAUGGAACAAGUAAAGAAAGAAAAAAAAGAUGAUACAGAUCAAUCGGACACAAAAUCAUCUGAUAAUUUGGAAUUAGAUGAAAAACUUAUUCUUUCAUAUGAGCCUAUGAGUAUUUCAGAAGACACAAAAAUAUCUUCUACAAAUUUAAAAGAUAAUGAUAUUAAUAUAAAUGAGAUCGGAAGGUUAAUCCAAACACUCUCUGAAAUGCAGUCGUCAAGAAUGUCGCGUUCACAAACUGAAGCUCCAGGAGAAUUGGAGGAACAAUUAGCUUUUUACAUUCAACAACUUCUUCUUAAGCAGAUUACGACAUUUAACAUUCAACCUCGUGAACUUUUGUCAAAACCCAUGUCAUUGUGCAUGUCUUUUCUUGUUCUUGGGCCUUCAUAUGGUGGUACCUUGCCGAAUGUACCAUUCAUGUCUUCAACCGAUGAGCUUCGAAAUAAGCAUGGAUCUUAUUCAGAUCUUAAUUACAACAAAAACGAAAAUCAGGGCCAUAGUGCAUCUCAAAGGCCACCAAAUAUUCCAAUUCAUUUGCAAUCACUUUUGCGUACUGAACCAUAUCGUUCAUUUUUGGGCCCUCUUGCUGGAUAUAAUAGAAGGCUAGUAAAUAGGCCUAGAAGGUACUAA